AUGGCCGCCGACGCAGCAUUCAGAGACGACCCCAUGGCCGGCAUGGCCCACAGCGAGGCCCACUACUUCAACAGCUACAACCACCACGGCAUCCACGAGGAGAUGUUGAAGGAUGAAGUCCGCACAAAGUCCUACAGAGACUCGAUAUACAACAACCCGCACCUUUUCAAGGACAAGGUCGUGCUGGACGUCGGAUGCGGUACAUCCAUCCUGAGCAUGUUCGCAGUCAAGGCUGGCGCAAAGCACGUGAUCGGUGUCGACAUGUCUACCAUCAUCUACAAGGCAAGAGAGAUUGUCGCGGCCAACGGCAUGUCUGACAAGAUCACCCUUCUGCAGGGCAAGAUGGAGGAGGUCGAGCUGCCAUUUCCAGAGGUCGACAUCAUCAUCUCUGAGUGGAUGGGCUACUUCUUGCUGUACGAGAGCAUGUUGGACACUGUUCUGUGGGCCCGUGACCGGUACCUUCGUAAGGAUGGCAAGGGCUUGAUCUUCCCAGACAAGGCCACCAUCUUCAUGGCCGGCAUCGAGGACGGAGAGUACAAGGACGAGAAGAUAGGAUUCUGGGAAAACGUCUACGGGUUCGACUACACACCGCUCAAGCUCACCGCCCUCACCGAGCCUCUUGUCGACACUGUCGAGCUCAAGGCCGUUGUGACUGACCCAAGCGCCGUACUGACCCUCAACCUCUACACCUGCACUGUUGCCGAUCUUGCCUUCAGCCUGCCAUUUAACCUCUCCGUCCGCCGAACCGACUACGUCCACGCUCUCGUCGCUUGGUUCGAUAUCGAGUUUUCCGCUUGCCACAAGCCAGUCCGCUUCAGCACUGGCCCCCACACAAAGUACACUCACUGGAAGCAGACUGUAUUCUAUCUUGCGGACGUGCUUACAGUCGAGGCUGGCGAGAACGUGACUGGCAAGCUCAGCUGCCGACCAAACGAGAAGAACAGGAGAGAUCUGGACAUCGCCAUCGACUACAAGCUCGAGACCGAGGACCAAGGCAGGAUCGGCGACGGCCACUGCGAGUACAAGAUGUGUUAA